AUGAUGUGCGAGACAGCAGUGAAGAGAGAGGAUGUGGGACAGCAGUACGAGAGAGGAUGUGGUGACAGCAUGACAGAGAGGAAUGUGAGAGUACAAAGGAUGGAGUGAAAGAUAGAGAGAGAGAGAGUGAGAGAGAGAGAGUGAAGAGAGAGAGAGUAGAGAUGAGUGAAGAGAGAGAGAGUGAAAGAGAGAGAGAGAGGAGAAGAGAGAGAGAGAGAGAAGAGGGGAGUGGAAGAGAGAUGGAGGUGGGUGCGAUAUAAGAGAGUGGAGGAGUGAAGUAGAGAAGGUGACGGUCGUGCCGCGUAGGUGAGUAGUAAAUCGAGCUGAGGCGUGCUAGAGACGACGGCAGAGUCCGAUCGACCUCGCGCGAGACCGAAGACACGACAGGAAGACACGCACCAGAAUCGCACGCCCGACGCCUCGCACCGCGACUCGGCGAGCUCGUCUCUAGCAGGAUCGCACCGUCAGUACGACUGCGAGCGAGCUAGACGAGAGUAGCGAAGUCGAGAGAGAUGAGGAGAGAGAGAGAGAGAGAGAGAAAGAAUACAGCAACAUUCUCCUAUCCCUCCUCUUUCUCUGUGUGUGUGUGAAUGGGCUGUCCUUGUCUUGCUCCUCUGUACGUCAGUUUGAAUGGGCUCUUCUCUCUCUCUGUGCAUCUGAAUGGUGGUCCUCUCCAGUCUGUGUACGGCCUCCAGAAUGACAUUCGGAGCCACAGCCCCACCCACACCCCCGCUCCAGAGGUCAAAGAACCCACAGAGGAGGAGAUACGUGACCAGGUAAUGUCGUCAAUUCAAGGACACAUUACAAAAGAGGGUUUUCUAUGGCUGAUGUCAACAGAUAUCCAUCAAAAUGCAUUGACAUGUCACACAGAGUUUUUACUGGUAGAUUGAGAUAUCUAAAAUCAUGUUAUCUGACAGAAUGAUUGUUAGCUUGACUGGUUAUCUGACAGAGCAGCAUGCCAUCACAUUGGCACCUUCUCCUUUCAGAUUCAAUACUGGCAAGCCCAACUAGACAGGCAUCGGUUAAAAAUGUCCAAGGUGGCAGAA